GCCGCCCUGUGGAAUAUUAUUAUCAGCAUGUUAUCGGAUCGGUUCAGGACAGUUUCAAACCAAACAAAACAUUUGCACAGUAUCAAAAUUGUUGCCGUUUCUUUCGCUUCGUUUUGUCCCUAGUAAACACUCCACCACGCAAAAUCGAAUCGAAUCGAGCUAAAUUUUCCUAAUCCUUGGAAAAUCGGCGGAAAAGCGCAAAAAUUGCAUACAUUAAUGAAGAGGUUUCAGCAGCAACAGGUACCGAGGUUCGGCAAGACGGCUAAGUUUGUUCCAGAUGACAAAAUGCAGCGUUGCAACCAGAACAGCGGCAACACUACCAUCAAUACGACCAGCAACACCAACAGCAGCAGCAACAAGCGCUGCCCACAGAAAUACACCGGCAACAACCUAGCAUCAACCAAUGGCAUGAUGGCCUACCAGCAACAUGCAACAGCUACGACAGCAACAUUGCAGCACGGCAGCAACACCGGCAACAAGCACACAACUCGCAAGAGUCGCUACAACACCAACAAGCAACACCAGCAGCAGCAACACCAUCAGCAGCAGCAGCAAUCCAAUGCCUUUGGGAAUAUUCAGAAGCGGAAUGGAAUCGCUGGAAUAACCGGAAGUGAAUCCUCGCCCUCACGACCCCCUUCGAAUUGGCUGGAAAGGGGCUACGGACAUCGGUUGGCCAGUUCUUCAUGCAUCGAAGACAAAUUUCUGGGCCAGCACAAUCCGGGUCAUCGCAAUAGCACCAGCAGCGAGGCGACCAGCGAGGACAUGGACUCCAGCAGGGAGCAUCUGAACAAGCCGAAAGGCAACUUGAAUGGCGGCAACGGCGGUGGCCAUGUUGCAGGUGCUCCCAGCGGCAACAAGUCGCGCUCAAAGCGCCAGCAGAAGCAGCUCCGCAAUCCUGACCAAAAUUGUGGCCAGAAGCCGGGAGCCAGUGCCUCGAUUGGUGGCCAGAAAACCGCCAAGCAGACUGCUGGUGGCAAGUGGCGUCAGCAACAGCAACAGUCCAACCCCGGCAGCAACAACCCACAGCAGCAGCAGCAACAGAAGCGCAACAGCAACAAGAAACCCGGCAAGUGCAACAGCAACAUUGGCGGUCAUCCCGGCAGCAACAUCUCGAAGCACGGCAGCAACGCGCAGCGGAAAACCUGCGACAGCAGCUCCUCCUCGGCCUUGAGUUCGCCCACCAGUUCGCCAACGAGUUCGCCCCAUGCGAAUGGCAACCGGAAGCGGAUCGAGCGCUCCCUAAUGCCCGGCGUGGCCACUCUGGAAUGGCGCCGAGAGCGGGACCGUUGCAGGCAGAACGCCAACUUCCUGGUGCCGCCGCUCCGCCAGUACGAGCAACUGGAUCUGGACGACCGGGCUGUGAUGCAGCAGCUGCGGCGCCAUGUCAUCGACCACCAUCUGCUAAGGGUCUACGGCUUUCCCGUGGAAUCCGUGGUGCACGAGGGCGCCAUCGAGAUCUUCAAGUGCCUGCCACACAUGAGUUUUGCCGCUGCCCUGGCGGAAACUGCUCCGGCCGUCACCGUGAUCAACUGCCACGAUGGGUUAAGCAACCAAGAGGAGGUGGCCACCUCGAGCGACUCCGGGAACAGCUCACCCCGCUCCCUGGACUCCGAGUCCGGCGGCGAGUGGAGCGGCAGCGAGUGCGAGUCCUCCAACUCCUCCUCCGUGUCCUCCUCCUCCUCCGCCGGCUGCGAUGGCGAACUGGGUCUGGAGCUCAAGUACUGCCAGUACGUGCAGGUGGAGCGCAGCCUGGCCAAGCCCUGUGCCCGCUGCAAGCGGCACUUCCUGGUGGACGAGCUGACGGGUCAGUACCUGACGCGCGAGGAGUGCCACUACCACUCGGGCAAGUACCAGCGCUACUACGACGGCGUCUGCCAUGGACGCUGGACCUGCUGCCACGAGGGCGAGGAAUCCUCGCCGGGCUGCUGCCUCAGUGACCGGCACGUGUGGACGGGCUCGGUGGUGGGGGUCAACGGACCCUACUACGACUUCGUGCGGACCCAGCACCGGGAGCAGCCCUCAUCCAUCGACGGCGACGAGCCCGCUGCCUACGCCCUUGACUGCGAGAUGAGCUACACGGGUCGUGGCCUGGACGUGACCAAGGUCUCACUGGUGGCCCUCAACGGGCAGCUGGUGUACGAGCACUUUGUGCGGCCCGAGUGCGACAUCAUUGACUACAACACCCGGUACUCGGGCAUCACGGAGCGGGACCUGCGCUCCGGCGCCAAGAGUCUGGCCGAGGUGCAGCGGGAUCUGCUCGAUCUGAUCGCCGCGGACACCAUCCUCAUUGGCCACGGACUGGACAACGACCUGCGCGCCCUACGCCUGGUGCACAACACCCUGAUCGACACCUCGAUCAGUUUCCCGCACUGCAGUGGCUUUCCCUACCGCCGGGCACUGAGGCACCUCACCAAGGUGCACCUGAAGCGGGAGAUCCAGAGUGGCGACGGCACCACGGGACACAGCAGCUUCGAGGAUUCGCGGGCUUGCAUGGAACUGAUGCUGUGGCGCAUCAAUCGCGAGCUGGAUCCCACAUGGAGCUGGGAGGAUUAGGGUAGGCGGGGGUAUAGGCUUGGGGGAACACAUGGGGGCCAGCAAGUACUUUUAGAAGUUAAGCCAGUUGUAGGAUCGCCUAGUUUGUACUGUAUUCAACAAGAAAACAAUCCGAAAAUCUCAGCUGCGUCGUUCACCUGGCAAUCGGUUUCUAUAAUACUGAUGUAUCUGAUGCAUCGGCCUUAUAUAGGGCCCCAUUGCCAGAUGUUGGCUCAACGUAUCCAUAUAUCAAGUAAUUCGCUAAAAUGAAAUGACAAAAAACGCAAAAGAAGCAAACAAAAAAAAGGAGGAUAAUCAUUAUUUAUAUGCAAUACAUAAGGUGUAUUUUGUAAGCGUAUAUCUAUAGAGAAAAAUAGAACUUUAAUCUACAUAUGUAUAUACAUACAUUGUUUUUUUUUUCUUGAUUAAUUUCGAACCACGAGAAAAUGUACUGAAGUUUUAACUGUGAUGUUUUUUUCACUUUCUCACAUAUUUACACGUCAAAUGAAAAUAAAAAUGAAAAGUAAAAGUAAAAACAAAAACAAAAACAAAAACAAAAAAAAAAGAAUAGAAAAAUACAAAAAUAUAUACAUACAUCCGCGCAUUCAUUAUUUUUUUAAGAAGCACAGAAGAAAGGCAAUACAAAUACUUUUUUAUUUUGACCACAACUUUCAACUAAAGUCACUCCAUUUAUUAUAACUUACCUUUACCUUUAGGUUUCGUUUCAUUUCUUUUCGUUUUACCUCCUACCAUUUAUAUUAUUAUGUUACGAAUAAAGCAUCUCAUAUACAAAUGGAAACGAAGUAAAAGUAAAGUUUAACUUGAACUACUUUAUACACUAUGCAUAAACGCAAGUUAGGUUAAUCUUAUGUUUUUUUUUCCAAACGUUUUGAUUAUUUAUUUAACGAAUUCUCGCGACAAGUUCAUUGAAAAUUUCUUCAAGUGUAAAAUUUUUCACAUUGAACUCCAUUUUAGGCUAAGCAAUUAUUUUUUUGUUUUCUAUCGAGUAACUAUCGACGAUUAACCAUUAUUCCUUGACUCUGAUUUUCUAAAGAGAGACGAGGAGUAUUUUAUUCGAAAAUCGAUGUUCCUAGCAGCAUAAGUUUCAGCACUAAUACACUGCAAUAAGCGGCUGUUUUUACAUUGAACGGAAGAAAAAAGAAAAGAUGCACAACGACAAAAUUGAAAGAGAAUAAAAGAAACAAUGAUUUGUUAAAACUAAA